AAGGCUGUAUGAGAGCGCAAGUAUGCACAGAGCAGCUCCAGUGCAUGAAUGAGAAAGCCUCCAGCCCCCUGUAAGCCUGCAAACAUGGACCAGCAGCCCCAGCUCGCCCUGCUCCUGCUGCUGUCUCAGGUUCUGGUAUUCACCAUUGCAAAUGACAUUGAGUGCAUCCCUGGAUUCCAGCAGAAAAUAUUCUACGUGGAGCAGCCACCCGAAUUUACCCAGGACCAGCUCGUUCUGAACGUUCUGUUUGACGACUGUCAGGGGAACAAAGAGGUGGCAUACGAAGUCUCAAGCCCAGAUUUCAAAGUGCAGCCUGACGGGUCACUAAUUGCAUUAAGAAAUGUUACAGAGGCAGUCCGGGCAUUGUUCAUUCACGCACGCUCAGCUCAUUCUGAUGACAUGGCAGAAGUCAAGAUACUCGGGAGGAAAGACAGACACAACUCAUUAAAGAACAUGCUCAAAGUUCCAAGACAUCUUCCAUUUCUGAGACACAGAAGAUCCAUUGUAGCUCCUUCCAUGUCUAUACCAGAGGGUCAAAGAACACCCUUCCCGAAGAUCGUGGGCAGGGUCGUUGUUAGUGAACUUCUCCCUGGCUCCAAAUUCCGAAUGUCUGGAAAGGGGGCUGACCAAGAACCCAAAGCGACCUUCCGAAUAAAUGAAAACACGGGAGAAGUGCAAGUAACAAGAACCCUUGACAGAGAGGAGAUUCCAUUUUACCAUCUUCAAGUGGAAGUUAACGAUGAAAAUGGAAAAACAGUUGAAGGACCUGUUGAUUUAGAAAUCGUGGUCAUUGAUCAAAAUGACAAUCGACCGAUCUUCAGAGAAGGACCCUACGUUGGGCAUGUUUUGGAAGGAUCUCCCACAGGUACAACUGUGAUGCAUAUGGUAGCCUUUGAUGCUGACGACCCAACCACUGAUAAUGCUGUGCUGCGAUACAAUAUCCUCAAGCAGAUCCCUGACAAACCAUCGCCAAACAUGUUCUACAUUGACCCUGAAAAGGGAGACAUCGUCACCGUAGUGUCCCCUCAGCUCUUAGAUCGCGAGACUCUACCAGCUGCUCAGUAUGAACUGACCAUUGAAGCCAAAGACAUGGCAGGCUCUGAUGUGGGGCUGCCCGGUACUGCCACCGCCACCAUCGUCAUCGAUGACAAAAAUGAUCACCCACCCGAGUUUACCAGAAAAGAGUUUCAAGCCACAGUAAAAGAAGGGGUGGCUGGUGUGAUGAUAAACUUGACGGUCGAGGACCAAGAUGAUCCAAGCACCGGAGCCUGGCGGGCAGUUUACACCAUCAUUAAUGGCAACCCCGGCCAGAGCUUUGAAAUCCAUACCAACACAAAAACAAACGAAGGGAUGCUCUCUGUAGUCAAGCCCUUGGACUACGAGAUUUCUGCAUUCCACACUCUGCUCAUCAAAGUUGAGAACGAAGACCCUUUGAUCCCAGAUGUAGCGUAUGGGCCGAGCUCCACUGCUACUGUCCAGGUCAAUGUAUUAGAUGUGAACGAAGGGCCUGUUUUCCACCCCGACCCAAUGAGUGUGACAAAGGUCGAGAAUAUUACGGUUGGCUCCGUGCUUUUCACAGUAAAUGCUACAGAUCCAGACAAGCUGCAGCAUCAGUCUAUAAGGUACUCCAUAUUAAAGGAUGAAGCAGGCUGGCUGUACAUAAAUCCACUUAAUGGUACAAUCAACACCACGGCCCCUCUGGAUCGUGAAUCCAUAUUCGUCCACAACAACACAUACACUGCACUGAUCCAGGCGAUAGAUGAUGGCACUCCUCCGGCUACUGGCACGGGCACCUUUCAGAUUACUCUGGAAGAUAUUAAUGACAAUGCGCCCUACAUCCACCCUACCUUGGCAAAGGUGUGUGAAGACGCCAAGGACCUGAAUGUGGUUGUGCUAGGAGCGUCGGACAGGGACCUCCACCACAAUUCCGAAUCGUUUAAGUUUGAGCUGGGCAAACAGACCGGACCAGAUAAAGCAUGGAAAAUCACUGCCCUGAACAAUACUCAUGCCCAGGUCAGCCUCGUUCAUCAUCUGAAGAGAGCCAAUUACAACCUGCCUGUGAUGGUGACGGAUGCCGGGAAGCCGCCUCUGACGAACACAACAGAAUUAAAAAUACAAGUGUGUUCUUGUAAGAAGGGCAAAAUGGACUGCAGUUCAGCCGCUGCCCCUCACAUCAGCCUCGUCCUCGUCCUCAUAUUGUCACUCUCCAGUUUAUUUUGUCUGUGAAUACUGGUGAUUUUUCUACGCUGGCUACCACAUUGUCAUGGCAACAGGAAGUGGAAAAAGGUGUUAUCUGAUGACCGCGUUUACAAUUCCUUCACGACUAGGCCUCAACUGCUGCAGCCUCGGUUUGCUCUGCAUUCUCAAUUAGUCUAUAAAGCGCCACACCAAUCCUUGACAGCAUCUGUUCCUCCACUGUUUGUAUUAAUGGACGUUUACUGACAAUACACGCGUUACAAGAAUUCUGGAUGAAAGACACAAGAACAUCACUUUGAACAUGUCCUUCCCGACGGCCGGGCGCAGAGUGGUUACAUGCACACGCGCACACACGCUUUGGUUUAAUGACAUCGUACUGAUUAGCAAACCUGGAAUAGUCUGUCAGAUGGGCGCUUAAUCUGAAUACAGAUCGGAGACCACCCUGCAGCCAUGCGCGCUCCUGCCUGUAACCCGUGUGUCUCAAGGAAGCAUGUUGUGUGCAUUGAACCAAAACACUGCUAAAUACACUGAAGGCUUUCCUAAUGAGUUCAUGUUAAUACGAUUACCAAUCAAGAUAGGACAAGAAUAAAGGCAUUGCGGAGCCGGGAUGUUGGAGUAACAGAUUAAAGAUACAUUCACGGUGCGAGUAAUAUGUAAUAAGAUUUUCCAUUAACACAUUGUAAGUCUGUCAGAAAUAAUUAGAGUCUCUUAACCCUCUCUCUCCUGGAGCAGCGUGGCAUUCGUACCCAUGAGUAUUAAAGGGGCUAUGCCUUUGCACCAGCCCAUCUAAUACACGGGGCGCGCUUAGUAUCUGUGCAAAGAAGCCUAGAUGUGAAGAUUGUUAACCCUUGUAUUGCAAAGGGGUCUGCAGGGAACUGCUUAUCCCUUUUGGAAUGGAAGGUGUGAUAAGGAAUAUGCAAUCUGUACAACAGCUGUAACUAUAUUGGUGUUUUUAAAAGUGGGGUUUCCAAAAUCAAGCGCGACCAUUAAGAGUCAUGUACUGUAGUAAUGUGUGGUAGGGGAGAAAGGUGAACAAAAGCAAACGAGAGAAUGAACAGUAAAGAAUGAGCUAAAUGUAAUGGCCACGUGAAGGAAUGGGGGGGGAACAACUACUUUAAUGCUCAAUAAGUUUGUAGUGUAAUACUCUCUGGCAUGGCAGCAAAGAAUCAAUACACCUUUCACCGGCACACAGUACGCUUUCAAGAUUCAUAACAAAAUUUAUCUUCCCUGCAGGAUUUUACGGUCUUUUGGUUGCCCCCCACAAGGUAUUUUUUCUAUUGCUAUCAUUUUUUUUUGCCUCCCCAUGUGUAUAAACCUUUUAAGUAAAGCACAUUUGUCUUUAGUACAUAUACCCAAACACAUACUUAAAGUAAAGUGGAUAUUUUUAUCAGUCUUUGAAAAGGUAUAAAAGUAAAAUAUAUAUAUAUAUAGAAUAAAGUUCUGUUUUUUUGUGAGCAUGUCACAAAUGUGAAUAAAAAGACAAUACAGUGCGUGUUGAGAUUAGUUGUAAAGGACAUUAUCGGAGCUCACACCAAAUUCUUAUGAACUCUACUAGUGACAUUGAGUGGCUCUAACCGGUCAGCUAGGAUAAAGUGAGUCUUUACAGCGUGUGUCCCCUUUCUUACUCCUUCGGAGCAGGGGGCCAGUAGACUUAGUUUAAACAGAUAAAAAGCUUUUAUUAUGCAACUAGAAACUUUCAGCUGCAUUCUUUAAUUAGCAUUUCUACUGUAUUAUUUUGGUCAUAUGUUGUCUUUAAAGCAAACGUGUUUUUGGAGAAGAUUCCUUGUAUGUACUUAAAUAGUCUUUUUUU